AUGACAACUCCAAAUAAUUCACAAAUGAUCAGUAGUGAAACAUGGUUUAUUCCAAUCGAUAUUCUUAGUAUUAUUUGUCUCUCUUUAACUAUUCUAUUAGCAUUCCUAUUUCUAUUGAUUAUUAUUCAUGAUAAAACAUGUCAUACCAUUCCCAUGAUGUUAAUCGGUAAUUCGUGUGUCGCUGAACUUUUCUUAUCAAGUGUUAUUCUUUGGAUGACAAAAUUUACUUUACAAAAUGAUUUGACACAAAAUAUAAAUCCCGAUUCGUUCUGUAUUUAUCGAGGGUAUAUUGUAUAUGUUGGUUAUUGUGCACAAAAUUAUUCUUAUUUACUACAAGCUAUUUAUCGAUAUAUCGUUGUGAUCCAUCCGACAAGAGUGUUUUGGCAAUCAAAACGCGUUCAGAUCUUACUGAUUUCACUCGUAUGGAUAACAGCAAUACUUUAUGCCUUUCCGCAUCUAUUUACAGGUGAAAUUGUGUAUAUUGCUGAUGAUCAAACAUGUCAAAUGUCUCUUCGUCUUUCUGCGGUUUCGGUGUACAAUCUGUUUUAUUCUUAUGUUAUACCAAUUCAAGGAAUCAUUUUUAUUUAUCUAAAAUUAGUUCGAUAUGUAAAAGAAAUGAGUAAACGUGUUAUGCCUGCUAAUUUGCUCUCACGUGCUCAACGAGAAUUACGAAUGGUCUUUCGUAUUAUGAUACUUAUUUCAACUUUAUUAGCACUUGGCAUUCCAUAUGCGACCUUUAUUCUUAUGGGAUACUUCACUCAACCACCCGAACAUUCUUUUCGUAUUGCUUAUGUCUUUGUUUGUAUAUCAUUACUGAUUAUUAUACUUAUUUUAUUCAAUGGCACUGAUCCAGUUCGUCUAUCUCUUAUGAAACAAAUUAAUCGAAGACCUAAUACAGUCAUCGCUGGAAGAACAUGA